AACUCGGGCAAGAAAAAUCAAUGGGAACUCGAGUUACAUCCACCAACCAUAAAGCGGAUCAGACAUGAAAGCAGCACAGAAAUUCUGACCUGGAACACUUCACAUCUGGUCUUUGUUUGUUUAAGAACUUUGACCUCUAAUUCCGAAGCUCAAAAAGUGAUGUGGACCUGUUCUUCCUACUCUUGAUUCCAAGGAAGUCUAUAGCAAGCCAGUAAUGGCGGCUCUGCAGAGGCGCCAGAAGCUAAGCAAGCUGCUCCUGCUCUUUGCGCUCCUGGGGACGCUGUAUGGGGCUGCGACCCGGCAGAUCCGCUACUCUAUUCUGGAGGAGCUGGACAAGGGCUCCUUCGUGGGCAACAUCGCCAAGGACCUGGGGCUGGAACCUCAAGAACUAGCAGAGCGCGGAGUCCGCAUCGUCUCCAGAGGUAGGACACAGCUUUUCUCUUUGAACUUGCGAAGCGGCAGCUUGGUCACAGCCCGCAGGAUAGACCGGGAGGAGCUCUGCGCUGAGAUCCCGCAGUGUCUGGUGAGUUUUAACAUCCUUGUAGAGGAUAAACUGAAUCUUUAUCCAGUGGAAGUCGAAAUAAUGGACAUUAAUGACAAUGCACCCAGAUUCUCAAAAGAACAGUUGGAAGUGAAAAUUCUUGAAAAUGCAGCUCCAUCCUCUCGUUUUCUACUAAUGGAGGUCUAUGACCCUGAUGUGGGAAUGAACUCUCUCCAGGGCUUUAAGCUCAGCGCUAAUAAUCACUUCUCGGUGGACGUUCAAAGCGAAGCCAAUGGGCCCAAGUACCCAGAGCUGGUGCUGGAGCACGCCCUUGACCGGGAGGGAGCAGCUGUUCAUCACCUGGUCCUUACUGCUGUGGAUGGUGGUGACCCGGUCCGCUCAGGUGUGGCGCGAAUUCUGGUAACUGUCUUAGAUGUGAACGACAAUGCACCAGUGUUUACUCAGCCUGUUUACAGAGUGAGUGUUCCUGAAAAUCUGUCGGUAGGGACACCAGUGCUGUCAGUAAAUGCCACUGACCAGGAUGAAGGAGUCCACGCAGAAGUAACUUAUUCCUUUGUGAAGAUUCCAGAAAAGAUCUCACAAAUUUUCCACUUGAAUGUUUUGACUGGAGAAAUUUCAACUUCUGCAAAUCUAGACUAUGAAGACUCUAGCUUUUAUGAGCUGGAUGUUGAAGCCCGGGAUGGGCCAGGUCUUCUAAGCAGAGCAAAAGUCUUAAUAACUAUCUUGGAUCUCAAUGAUAAUGUUCCAGAAGUGGUUGUUACAUCUGGAAGCAGAACAAUUGCUGAAAGUGAACCUCCAGGAACAGUAAUCACUCUUUUCCAAGUGUAUGAUCGGGACUCUGGACUGAACGGCCUGGUAACAUGUUCCAUCCCAAGAAGUCUUCCUUUUGAACUGGAAAAAUCAGUAGACAAUUAUUAUCGACUAGUGACAAAUUCAUUUCUAGACCGGGAAGAGGUGUCAUUGUACAACAUCACUGUGACAGCUACAGACAAAGGAAUGCCUCCUCUAUCUGCAGAAACGCUCAUCUCUGUAAAGGUGGCAGACACCAACGACAACCCUCCCGCUUUCCCCUACUCAAUCUACUCUGUCUAUGUUCCUGAGAACAACCCCAAGGGCGCUUCCAUCUUCUCUGUGAAGGCGCACGACCCGGACAGCGAAGAGAACGCCCGCGUCUCUUACGCCCUGGCGGAAGACACCCUCCAGGGGGCGCCUGUCUCCUCCUUUGUCUCUAUCAACUCCAACACCGGAGUUCUCUAUGCUCUGCGCUCCUUCGACUACGAGCAAUUUAGAGACCUGAAGCUGCUGGUGACAGCCAGCGACAACGGAAAACCUCCACUCAGCAGCAACAUGUCUCUGAACCUGUUCGUGCUUGACCAGAAUGACAAUGCGCCUGAGAUCUUGUACCCUGCCCUCCCCACCGAUGGUUCCACUGGCGUGGAGCUGGCACCCCGUUCCGCGGAGCCUGGUUACCUGGUGACCAAGGUGGUGGCGGUGGACAGAGAUUCAGGCCAGAAUGCCUGGCUGUCUUACCGCCUGCUGAAGGCCAGCGAGCCAGGGCUCUUUGUGAUGGGGCUGCACACGGGCGAGGUCCGCACUGCGCGAGCCCUACACGACAGAGAUGCACUGAAGCAGAACCUUCUGGUGGCCGUCCAGGACCACGGCCAGCCCCCUCUCUCGGCCACCGUCACGCUCACCGUGGCCGUGGCUGACAGUAUCCCUGAAGUCCUAGCUGACCUGGGCAGCCUUAAGCCCUCUACCAGCCCUUCUGACUCCAACCUCACACUGUACCUAGUGGUGGCGGUGACUUCAGUCUCCUGUGUCUUCCUGGCCUUCAUCAUUGUGCUGCUGGCAUUGAGGCUUCGGCGGUGGCACAAGUCACGUCUGCUACAAGUUACAGGAGAUGAACUGGCCAGCAUGCCCGCCUCUCACCUUGUGGGCAUGGAAGGGGUGCGAGCUUUCCUGCAGACCUAUUCUCACGAGGUCUCCCUUACCGCAGAUUCCGGGAAGAGCCACAUCAUCUUCCCUCAACCCAAUUAUGCGGACACGCUUAUCAGCCAGGAAAGCUGUGAGAAAAGUGAGCCUCUUUUGAUACAGGAAGAUUCAGGGUUUUGUAAAAAGGAAGACCCCUUUGUUCAGCCCAACUACGCAGACACGCUCAUCAGCCAGGAGAGCUGUGAGAAAAAGGAUCCCUUGUCUUUGUUGGAUGAUUCAAAGUUUCCUAUAGAAGAUACCCCUUUGGUUCCAAUUUCAGAGGAUUCCCCUCCAGGAAUUGUUGUGGCUCUCUUCAAAACGCGGGACCGAGAUUCUGGAGAAAAUGGAGAUGUCAGGUGUAGUUUAAGUAGAGACGUUCCAUUUAAGAUUCAUUCUUCUUCUAAUUAUUACUACAAGCUAGUAACAGAUGGGGCCUUUGACCGGGAGCAGACCUUGGAGUACAACAUCACCAUAACUGCCACUGACAAGGGUAAGCCACCCCUCUCCUCCAGCAAAACCGUCACCCUGCACAUCACAGACGUCAAUGACAAUGCUCCAGUUUUCGAACAGUCCACCUACCUGGUCCAGGUGCCAGAAAACAAUCAGCCAGGUGCCUCUAUAGCUCAGGUCAGUGCCUCCGACCCUGACUUUGGGCCCAACGGUCGCGUCUCCUAUUUCAUCAUUGCCAGCGGCCUGGAGUCGCAGAAAGCGUUGUCCUACCUGUCGGUGAGUGCGGAGAGUGGAGUGGUGUUCGCACAGCGCGCCUUCGACCAUGAACAGCUGCGCACCUUCGAGCUGACACUGCAGGCCCGCGACCAGGGCUCGCCCGCGCUCAGCGCCAACGUGAGCCUGCGCGUGUUAGUGGGCGACCGCAACGACAACGCACCGCGGGUGCUGUAUCCAGCGCUCGGGCCAGACGGCUCAGCGCUUUUCGACACGGUGCCGCGCACCGCGGAGCCCGGCUACCUGGUCACCAAGGUGGUGGCGGUGGACGCUGACUCGGGGCACAACGCCUGGCUGUCCUACCACGUGCUGCAGGCCAGCGAUCCCGGGCUCUUUAGCCUGGGCCUGCGCACGGGUGAGGUGCGCAUCGUUCGUGCUUUGGGUGACAGGGACUUGGUCCGCCAUCGCCUACUGGUUGCUGUGCGAGACGGAGGGCAACCAUCUCUUUCCGCUACUGCCACGUUGUACCUGGUCUUCGCUGAUAGCUUGCAAGAGGUACUACCGGACCUUAGCGACCGACCCACACCCUCUGACCCCCAGGCGGAGUUGCAGUUUUACCUGGUGGUGGCUUUGGCCUUAAUUUCUGUGCUUUUCCUUCUUGCAGUAAUUCUGGCCAUAGCCCUGCGCCUACGACAGUCUUUCGGCCCUACUGCUGGGGGCUGCUUUGGAUCAGUUUUCUGCUCCAAGUCUGAACCCGUGGUUCCCCCCAUCUACAGUGAGGGAACCUUGCCUUUUACCUAUAAUUUGUGUGUGCCAGGAGAUCAAACUAACCCAGCACUUAAUUUUCUCACAUCCGUUGAACAUUGUCCAGCCACACAAGAUAAUCUCUACAAAGAGAGCUCUUCAGUGCUAUUGGCUAGCAUUUUAACUCCUAGUGUUGAAGCAGAUAAGAAGACUUUUAAACAGCAAGCCCCGCCCAACACGGAUUGGCGUUUCUCUCAGGCCCAGAGACCUGGCACCAGCGGCUCCCAAAAUGGCGAUGACACCGGCACCUGGCCCAACAACCAGUUUGACACAGAGAUGCUGCAAGCCAUGAUCUUGGCCUCUGCCAGUGAAGCUGCUGAUGGAAGCUCCACCCUGGGAGGGGGUGCUGGCACCAUGGGCUUGAGUGCCCGCUAUGGACCCCAGUUCACCCUACAGCAUGUGCCGGACUACCGCCAGAAUGUCUACAUCCCUGGCAGCAAUGCCACACUGACCAAUGCAGCUGGCAAGCGGGAUGGCAAGGCCCCAGCAGGUGGCAAUGGCAACAAGAAGAAGUCAGGCAAGAAGGAGAAGAAGUAAUGUGGAGGCCAGGCCUAGAGCCACAGGGCAGCCUCCCUCCCCAAGCAGCCCAGCUUCUCCUUAAGUGUACCCAGGCCUCAGAAUUCAGGGCUCACCCCCAGGAUACUGGUAGGGGCCAAGGCCAUGCUCCCCUUGGGAAACAGAAACAAGUGCCCAGUCAACACCUCCUCUCUCUGCCCCCAGGGGGUUGAAUAUGCAAAGGGAGUUCUGCUGGGAACCCCCAUCCAAUCAAUUGCUGUACCCAAGGGGGUCAUGGGGUUAGUAUAGACACCAAGAACCAUUUGUCACACCCCCUUUAGUUACAGCUGAACUCCUCCAUCUUCCAAAUCAAUCAGGCCCAUCCAUCCCUGCCCUGCCCCACUUCUUUAAUAGUUCUUCUCUCUUGAGUAAUAUGGUUGGGUUGUAGAGGUACCAGGUGACCUAAAAAGGCUCAUAAUUCUGAGUUGGAAGGGCAUCAGGACCUCUUGGCCGCUCCUUUGAUUCUCAAUCUUCCCCCAAAGCAUGGUUUGGUCCAGUCCCUUCAUCUCCUUCCAGACCUGGGACCAAGUUUUGGAGGACAUGGUCACCAUCCCCAUGGUACUGAUGCUUGCUGACUUUAGGGAAAGCAUUUUACUACCAAGCCUCUUCCCAAUGCCCUGGGGAAUAGUCUUUUGUUUUGUUUUCCAUAGUUUGAUGUUCCCACUGCAUGCUGUGACUACCUUACCCCUUCUCAAAUAAGAGACUCCAUUGCAUGUUCCAAGACAGUAUGGGGUAGUAAGAUAAGGAAGGGAAGUGUGUGUGUAUGUAGAUUGGGGUGGGGGGGGAGAGAAUGGACAAGCUUGACCCAUCAGUUGUUAGGGUCUUGCAGGAGGCUUGUAUGUCCCCAGGGUACUGACCAGAUCCCCAAAUUCCAGCCAUAAGCCAACCACUAGGCUGGACCCUCACCCCCUACAAAUAGGGCUCAGCCCAGGCAGCCAGCUUUGGGCGGAGCUACCAGGACCAAUGGAUUUAAACUGGCGUUUCAGACCGAGGAAGCUCUAAGAAGGUUUAGGAUCAGGUCCCCUGGAGAGGUCAGAAGGGCUCCUGGAGGUGCAGGGUACUCCAGAGGUGCCUCUGGUAGAAGGGUCACUGGAACCCCAGCAGGAAGGGAGAGCUAGCUGGGACCUUCUUAGUCCCUGGAAGGCGAGGGACCAAGCGGACAGAAAGUCUCAGCCCAGGAUGGAGCUUCUCCACGGGGUCCCUGCACUUCUCAACCCUCAGACCUUCACCUUGUCAGGUGCCAUUUCUUCUCUGUGAAAGCCACUGCCCAGGCCCCCAGUCCGCCCCCUCGUGGCCAGAGCCUGGUUAAAGUUCCCCCAGUGCCUCCUUGUGCAUAGAACUUCCGCUCCACACCCUCUUUUACCCCCUGGGUCCGCUUCAUCCAGCGGGGCUGCCAGAGAACCCCACCCCAGCCCCUGCAGUAGAGUAGAGUCCUCUCCCCUUUUCGGCUGGUGUAGAAUAGCCAGUAGUGUAGUGCGGUGUGCUUUUACGUGAUGGCGAGUGGGCAGCGGGCGGCGGGCUCCGCGCAGCCGUCUGUCCUUGAAUCUGCCUGCGGCGGCCCGUGCUGUGUUUCGUGCUGUGUCCACGCGCUGCGGCGACCCUCUCCCCGGUACUGACUCCUCUAAGCGCUUCUCUUCGCAUAGUCACGUAGCUCCCACCCCACCCUCUUCCUGAGUCUCACGCAAGUUUUAUACUCUAAUAUUUAUAUGGCUUUUUUUCUUCGACAAAUAAUAAAAAGGUUUCUUCUGAAA